GAGAAAUCCACAUCGGCAGAAAAACAGGCCACGUCGGAGAGAGACUACGGAGCCGGCGCUUCCCAUCUCGCCCGACUUGAGCGCAAGGUACGAGAAAAAAUUAACUCUCCCAGCCUUCUCCCAGCCCGCAUACGAGCGAGCGCCGCCGCUUCCAUCUCCCAUCCUUCCCCUCCCCGAUCCCGUGCUCCGCUCCAUCGUUCUCGGCGCCAAAUCGGCCAAGCUCUCCCACCAAAUUGCUUCUUCGCGCGCCAAAUUGAUAGUUAACGCGCCAAAUCGAAGGAUUUAAGCCUCAAUUCCUCCCCAAUCGACACCUCACCCAAACCCUAGAUGUCACACCCGCCGGCCGCCGCCGUUGCCUGUUCAUCUGCGAGAUGAGUCAAAAAUCGAAGAGAACCUCUGCGCCCACACCUGUGGAGAUCCCCCUGCCGGUGCCUCAGCCUGUUGGCGCCCCAGGCACUCAACACGUUCCACUGCCAUCCAUCCCAUCCAUGUUCAGAUCCGGCACAUGGUGCCUGCCUCGCCCACCGCAGUCCUUGCCUCAUUCAUCCCCACCAUACUGGCUCGCCGGCGGCGUACAGCAACCAGGCAUGACAGGUUCAGCAGCUCAAGGUGCUUGGUGGACACCUGCUGGUUUUGGUGGCUCAUGGCAUUCUGACGUUUCUGAGGAUUCUGAUGUACAGGCAUGGGGAUUACAUUCCCACCCUCCCGGUGGUUUCCUUAAUAUGUUGAAGAGCACACCACAAGCUACAAAUAAUGGGACUGCAUCGCAGGCAAUCCAUAUUGAAAGUGACAACAAUGAUGUUGAUUGCAAUAGGUCUGAAAAGCGCUUGACAUGGACAAAAGAGGAGGAUCUUAAAUUGGUUAGUGCUUGGCUGAAUAAUUCAAAUGAUCCCAUCCAAGCUAAUUUUAAGAAGAAUGAUCAGUACUGGAAUGGUGUUGCUGAUCUAUUUAACAAAACCAUCCCAAAAAAUCGAGUUAGAUCAGCCAAGCAAAUAAAGGAUCAUUUUGGGAGAAUUAAGAAAAGGGUUACUUGGUUUUGUGGUAACUGGAAGGAGGCUAAUUCUAUGUGGGGUAGUGGUGAAUCAGAUGAAGAUGUAAUGAAGAGGGCAUUGCAAAGUUACGAAGAAGAUCACAAAAAAGAUGGUCCAUUUGCGUAUAGGCAUUGUUGGGAAGUUCUUUCCAAGGAACCAAAAUGGGAAGCCUAUUUGGAACGCCUUGAAGAUGUAGAUUCAGAGAAGAGAAAGUUUAGUGUUGAUGAAGAAGUGGAGCAACAGUUCUCUCUAGAUGAUGUUAGAGAUGAACGACCAAUAGGAGGCAAGAAAGCUAAAGAACAGCACAAGAAAAAGAAAAAGGACCAGACUUCUAUAAUAGAUAUCGAAGAUGAGCUUCAUGAAGUCUAUAACACUUCCCCAAACAGAGAAGCAUCAGUUGUUUGCUAAGCAACAAGAAGGGGCAAGGAAAGAUGUGGAGCGUGCUUUUGGGGUAAUGCAGUCCCGUUUUUCCAUUGUUCGUCGGCCUGCACGUCUAUGGAAGAGAAAGAGUAUUGGAAGGAUCAUGAAAGCUUGCGUCAUUCUCCACAAUAUGAUAGUGGAAGAUGAAAGAGAGGAUGCUAAUAUUCAUAUUGACUUGACUUGAAUGAGAAUCCGGGGGCAUCCUUUGCUCUACCUCCUGAAGUGAACACUAGUCGUAAUCCACGCUUUUCCGAUGUCAUGCGUAGAAAAGCUGCUAUUCGAGAUCGUCCACAGCAUACCCAACUUAAAAAUGAUCUCAUUGAGCACAUUUGGCAUAAGUUCGGAAAUAGGCAACAUAACUAGCCAUGGAAUCAAGACUGGGCAUGGUGUACUGAAUGUUGCAGAUGCUAGUUGCAGUGUUGCCACUUUCGAUGCAAAUUGGAUGGCUGCUCCAUUGUACCGAAGUUCACCUGUCAACUUUGGCUUUAUGCUUCUAUCACCAUCUUAUAAUCAAGUGGAUUCCGUGCCAGUGAACUUAUUUAGUACUAUUUUUAGUUAAUGGCCUGUGAGCCAACGAACUAUCCUAUUUAGUAUUGCUUUUAGUUAAUGGUAUGUGUGCGACCGAUCUUAUUUGGAUUGUUGCUUGGAAUUUGUCAUCUCAGAUUAUGUUGUUUGGUAUAAUGCUAUGGAUAAGCAUAUUUGUUUUCUAGUUGAAUGAGACAUAUAUUUGGCCACAAAGAUAUGAUCACAACAGAUUGUUUGCACUUGU